AUGUUUAUACAGUGUAAAUAUAUUUUAAUAUAUGAUAUAAUUAUUGUGUUGCUUUUAUAUUCUAAUAUAAUAUAUGCAACAAAUGCAAAAAAUGUAACAAAAUUUGCUGGCAUUGUGGAAAAUAUUACAGUGUACGUUUUAGAAGACGAAAGUUAUUUCAAAAGCAAUAGUAUACUAAAACCAUUGAAAUUGAAUGUAUCUUGGACGCCACCAAAUGGAAAAAAAGAACCUUCUUCAUACAGUGUUAUGGUUACAAGUAUGCUAAAAGAAACUCAUGUAAAUACGGAAUGUACGAAAGGUUCCGCGUUCUACAAUGUGCAAAAUAAAAGUCGAUUUAGCAUAUUAGUACCACCAGAUAAAUUACUGAAUGAUAUAUCGGAUUUACAAAUACAUCCAAAUUGUACGUAUAAAAUCCAAGUGUAUGCCAAUCCGAGAAUUAAACCUUUAGAAAAGUUACCACAGGUCAUCUAUAGAGUUCCAGAAUGUAUAGGACAUAAAUGCAGUUGCGCGGAUGCAAAAUCUAUUUUGCCUAUUCCAAAGUGGCUAUUACUUGCUGGUAUUGUCAUUUGUGUUAUACUAGGCUUUAUUAGCAUUAAAUCAAUAUAUAAUAAAAAUGAGUAUCAGCUUGUAUUUCCUUUCAAACGGAGACCAACAGUAUCUGAUCCUUCUGCUUGUAAGCUGGCUCAAUGGCCAGAUCUAGUUUUUCAGAGACGUAAUAACGAUGUAUACAACGAACAAAAAUCUGAGGAAACACGUUACAAAGCUCAGAAAGAUGAAUUUGAAGUACCGUACAAAAAUAUAAAUUUUAUAUACGAAUUAGGAAAAGGACAAUUUGGUAAAGUAUAUCUAGGUAGCUUAAACAACAAUAAGAACACAUUAAUAGCUGUUAAAGUGUCACAAUGUACUGAUGCAUGCAACGAACUUGAAGCCAGACAUCAAUUACUGGAAGAAAUUAAAAUAAUGAAGGCAGCUGGUUCUCAUACACAUUUAGUGAGCUUUAUAGGUUGCUGUACUUUACCUAAUAAUCCUAUAUGCAUACUUUUAGAAUAUAUGGAAGGUGGAGAUUUGCUUGCAUAUCUACAUUACAGAAGAAAUAUUAAAUCAGAUGAUAUACUUUUGUAUAGUUUGGAAAAGGCUGUAUCUAAAUAUGCGAAUAUUAUUGAAAGAAACAAAAAUGAUAAUGAAAAUUUGUAUGAUAUAAUUGAAAAUCAACAAUUUAUAAACUUUGCGCUUGAUAUUGCAAAAGGAAUGAAAUAUUUAGAAGCGAAAGGAAUUGUACAUAGAGAUUUGGCAGCAAGAAAUAUCCUCCUUACUUCAGAUCUAACACUAAAGAUUUCUGAUUUUGGUUUGUCACGAAAUGGAAUAUACGUAAUAAAUAAUAUGGCUGGCAAAAUUCGUCAACUCCCAAUACGUUGGAUGUCACCAGAAUCUAUAUGUGAUCAUACUUUUUCUUCUAAAAGUGAUGUAUGGUCAUUUGGCGUUGUACUCUGGGAAAUUGGAACUCUAGGUUCUUUUCCAUAUGCUAAUAUACAAGAUAACGAGUUAUUGGAUUAUUUAACUCAGGACAAAUGUCGUCUGACAUGUCCUAAUACGGUUUCUCACAGUAUAUAUAAAGUUAUGUGUUCUUGUUGGAAUACGAUUCCGCAAGGUAGACCUAGUUUUGCACAACUUGUUUUAGAUUUGCAGAUAUUAAACAAAUCUUUAAAAUGUAUGCAUAAUACAAGCAAUCCUUGUUAUACAUUGCUAUCAUAUUAA